AUGGCGAGAAGCAUUGCAGUAUAUUAUAGUGGUAGUAUUACGGGUAAACAAAAGUAUAGGAAGCUUUAUAAAGAUAGUUGUUACAAUGUAGAUAGCAAUAAUAGUAAACGCGUACAGCUAUCCAUUCAUAAUUGCCCUUUGCCAAGGCUUGUCCCCUAUAACCGUUUAAUGCCCUAUGUUAAUUCAAUAGAUUUGGGUACAAAUUUUAAUGUUUAUGACACACUUUGCGAUGGACUGGAUGAAAGUGACAAAGUAUGUGGAUGUUAUCGAAGUCUCAAGGAGAUGGUAGUUAAACUGGCAGAGUUAUAUCUGUCAGGAUGUAGCGGUCAUUUGAUUAACUGGUUUGGUGCACCUUAUACAUUUGUUAUUUCUCUUGGAGGUGAUGGCGCACCAUUUGGGAAGGAUGACACUUCAUGUGCAUGGUUGGUUAGUUUUCUAAAUAUCAGGAGAGGGGUAUUAAGCAGCAACGAGAAUUAUUUACUUUUUGGGGCAAACUGCAGUGAAAACUGUAUUCCUGCUCAACAGUUCAUUAUUGCUUCUAACUGA